AUGCAAAUGAAAGAGCUUGUUUUCACUCUCAUCUUGCUUAUGCAAGGUAAGAAUCAAAGAAACUCUCUGUUUUGUGGUCUUCGAAUGAAAUCUUGUCUUUGCUCUUAUUGACGGGCAAAAAUUCUCCCCUGCAGCAUGGGACCCUCUUUGGGCCCAGACUACAGCAGCACCCGCACAACCAGACCCUCCAGGAUUACUGCAAAGGCUGACAGAGGGAGCCAGGUACUUCCACACGCCAUCUUUUUGCAGCUAAUUAGAUCGAGCAAGCUGGACUCUUCUGUAAAACAUUUCUAGUUUUCAGAAAAGUAAAAGUAUUCCCCGUGUUUGCAGUUUGUAUUUACUUUGUUGCUCAUUUGUGUACUUUUGUAUGACACAGGGAAGUCAGAGCUAAAGUCCAGAAUUUUGGGGAAUUGGUGCGAGGCUUUGCUGAUGCUUACUAUGAAGACCACAUUGAACCAGGGUACGGCAAAUACUUUGAAUGGGCCUCUGGUGUGAGAGACUCUGCGUGGGAGAGGAUCCGAACAACUGCUGAUAAAUUCAGUCUGUUUAAAGGAAAAACACCGACUGAUCAACCCGAUGUAAACUAA